AUGGAUUGGCUGAUUACGCUAAGAAUACUGUUACCAGUUUGUUACUUUAUACUUAUUCUCGCAAUUGUUCGUAAUAUUGCCAUUCUGACAAUCACUGAAUGUCCACCAACAAUUGUUGUUACAAAACCAGUUUUUUUUGGUGCAACAAAACAACUUUAUAAUUCUGCAGUUGGGACACAAAGCAAAAAUAAGCUGAUAUCACAGUCAAGUACAAAAUUUCAAAAAUUACCACACUGCAUUAUUAUUGGUGUACGUAAAGGUGGAACAAGAGCAUUAUUAGAUGCUAUAGCAUUGCAUCCACAAAUUAAAAUUGUACGACAUGAGGUACAUUUUUUUGACAACACUGAAACCUAUGGAAAAGGGCUGGAGUGGUACAGAUCACAGAUGCCAUUUAUUACUCCAUCUCAGAUAGCAGUAGAAAAAACACCGGCUUAUUUUUCCAGUGAACUGACACCACAACGGGUCUACAGCAUGAAUCCAAAUCUAAAGUUUAUUUUGAUUAUUCGAGAUCCCGUUCAACGUACCAUCAGCGAUUAUACACAGGUGAUGUGCACAAGAUUGGAACAGAAUAAAUCGCAAAUUGUCUUUGAGAAAGUAUCAUUUUUGAGUGAUGGAGUCACAAUAAACAUCGACUAUAAACCAAUUCGAAACUCUCUGUAUUCUAUGCAUAUGAAAAGAUGGCUAAAGUAUUUUCCGCUGAAGAACUUUUUAAUUGUUGAUGGCGAUAAAUUUGCCAAGCGACCACUUCCUGAGCUUCGACGUGUAGAACACUUUCUGGGUUUACCACAGACUAUAACCAGCGAUCAGUUAGUCUACGACGACAACAAACAUUUUUACUGCUUCCGUCGUAAAAGGAGCUCAAAACCAAAGUGUCUCGGUAACAGUAAGGGGAGGCCGCAUGCAAACAUUUCAGAAGCCAUCAAAAAUUUGUUAAGGCAAAAUUUUGUCUUUUAUAAUGAAGAAUUUUUUCGACUGGUUAAUCGCCGUUGGUACUGGUAA